GAGAAUACCCCAGGGGUAACAGACCAUAUAUAACCGUCGGUGAACAAUACAUAUUUGCCAUCUGAUACCAAGUACAAAUACAAUGACAUGCGAUGUUGGCGCCGAGAAUUCCCAAACGGGAAAGUGAAGCUAUACAAACUGGACGAAGCUGCUAACAACUAAUGUAAUUCCCGAGCCACCCGGCCACCCAUCCUUUUUUUGGCGUUUAUGCAUUCUCCCAUCUUUAAGCACCCACCAUGUCACCAAAUCGCUCCCGAUCGAACCGAAACUCGCAGGAACAAGAGGAACACCUCUUAUUAGCUAUAGAAGCGCGUUCCACCCUUUCUGAUCGCCUUAAUGGCCACCAAUUUCGCAUUGAAAAACGCGCCAACAAAACUCAGGCCUUCGGGCGUCUCGCGGGUGUGGCUGGAACUUCUACCUUUCAUCUUGCCAUCCUGAAUAGUUAAAGGGGAAGACGUACCCUUGGUCAUACCCAAAUCCGUCCGGACAACAAGCAUAAACUCACAGAAGUUGAAGAGGAAUCGCUUGUUAAAUGGAUAUUCUCAAUGGAUCGACGUGGAGCAGC